AUGGUUGUGAGUGGCCAGGAACAGGUCGACUACGACUUCCAUAGGAUCGACCAGUACCAGAAUAUUGAUCCGCAGGAAGUUCCUGGCUCAAAGCCUUCAAGCGCUUUCUGGAGCUUCCUAAAUUCGAUCAAUCCUUUGAGAAUCAUAAGAAUCCAGAGAGCAAACAGAUAUCAAAUACAGCGGAAGCUAAACGUGAGGCAUUUACACCAAAUUGCACUUGGGGGGACCCUAGGUGUCGGACUAUUGCUUUCCUCGGGCAAGGCCUUCUCCAUUGCUGGACCAUUGGGGUGCCUUCUAGGGUUUGUCAUUACUGGGUUCAUUGUCAUCGCAACGAUGCUCUCCUUCUGUGAGAUCGUCACGUUGAUUCCUUUGUGUGGUGGUGUUUCCGGGAUUGCAUCGAGGUUUGUAGACGAUGCAUUUGGCUUUGCACUCGGUGUAGUCUAUUGGGUGACGUACAUGGUAAGUUUUCCUAGUGAAAUCACCGCAAGCUCAAUCAUGUUGUCUUUUUACCCGAACCUAAAGGUUCCCGGACCUAACACCGCCGGUUGGAUCACUCUUUUUUACUUUUUCACGUUGCUGAUCAAUUUGUUCGACAUCCGGGUCUACGGGGAAUUUGAGUACUACUCCACCAUUGUGAAGUUACUGAUGCUAGUUGGGUUAAUGAUAUACAUGAUCAUUUUGAACAGAGGCGGAUCGCCGCCCCUUCACGAGAACAUUGGGUUCAAGUACUGGAAUACGGAGCUAUCUGAUAUCUCUAAAAAGAUCACAUUUGGUCCCUUCAGGCCCACCUUUGACAUCGAUGACAAAGGAUUAGGCUCUCUGAACGGUAUUGGUGGCAAUACCGGUCGAUUUUUGCAGGUUUUGAUUUCAUCAGUUAUUGCUUCCUACGCAUACGUUGGAACAGAAAUUGUCAUUAUCGCAGGUAGUGAAUCAAGAAACCCAAGACAAGCAAUUCCAAGUGCUACGAAAAAUAUCUUUUACAGGAUCGUCAUAUUCUAUUUGGUUGCGAUUUUCCUCAUUGGCUUGAACGUUUAUAGCGGGGAUCCAAGGCUACUGCGCUAUUUCUCCAGUGAUAACAACAAGGCUGAACAUGUUGCAGAAGAGAAUGCGAUCAUUGCAAUGAUAGGAGCAAAUCAUUGCGAUAGCGAAAUCAUUGAUUGGGGCGGGUUUUCCAAUGGCAACAAGAGUCCGUGGGUCAUUGCCAUCCAGAGCGCAGGAUUAUGUUCGUUUGCAUCUGCGGUGAAUGCGUUCUUGCUGUAUUUCGCCUUGACAGCUGCCUCCUCUCAACUAUACGCAAGUUCGAGAACGUUGUACUUCAUGUCGAUCCAAAACAAAGCACCAAGCUGCUUUUCGUUGUGCACCAAAAGAGGAGUUCCCUACAUGAGUGUCCUUUUCACGGGCUCGUUUGGGUUGUUGAGCUACUUAGCUGUGCGGGACAAUACUGUGUUGGUAUUUGAGAGGAUGGUGAGUGUGUGCUCCACUGCAGGGCUAUUGGUAUGGUCCGGGAUGUGCCUCUCAUUUAUAAGGUUCUACUACGCCUUGGAGCUGCGUCCGGACAUCAUCAGUAGAAACGACGACGACUAUCCGUACCGGUCGCCCUUUCAGCCGUAUUUGGCAUACUCUGGGUUGAUUCUCGGGAUGUUUUUGGUUUUUGCGUCGGGAUUUGUUGUGUUCUUGAAAAACGAGUGGUCGACAGCGUUCUUCAUCUCGAGUUACGGGUGCUUGUUCCUGUUUGUGAUAUGCUACGUCGGGUACAAGAUCUGUCGGGGCACGAAGACGCACCGGCUCGACCAGGUGGACUUGGACUCGGGCCGUCGGGAGAUCGACCGGGUCAUCUGGGAAGACGAGAAGAACUACGUGAGUAGUUUCCGGGAGAUUCUCAUUAAGGGUAUCAAUUUGCUUGUAUAG